AAUGCAAUUUCGUGGGUAUCGGUGACCAUCGAUUAUGCUUUCACGCUGUCAUGGGCUACUCCUCGUCGUCUUAUGCCUCGGUCUUGCGGUGGCUGGAGCAUCGUUUUCGUCGGCGGGUAGCCACAUCCGAUGCACCCUGAAUGGCGUCGGCUUGAUGCUCUCCCUGUCGCCGAGGAUCGCGCAUCAAUGGUCGCUCUUGGGGUUGAAUCUCUGGAAUAAAGCCACGUCUAACGACCUACUCGAACGGGACUCUACUCGAUCUUCCAGGGUGCUCAACUUCUUUCCCGUUCCAGUGGAGGAGGAGUGCCUGUCCGAGGACAAACGUCGUCAGGGUACGUGCAUGAACACAUACGAGUGUCGCAUCCAGCGAGGUGUAUCCCACGGACCGUGCGCACUCGGAUUCGGCGUGUGCUGCAUAUUCACGGCAAGCUGCGACAACGAGGUACAGAAUAAUCUGACCUACGUGACCAGUCCUGGUUUUCCCAACCUCAUCGACCGGCCUAUGAACUGUACGGUGGUUGUGCGAAAGAUCGAUACGGAGGUCAGCCAGUUGAGGAUCGACUUUGUCCAUUUUAACAUUGGUCAACCAAAUGCAAUGACUGGUGUAUGUGAGGAGGAUGUCAUGGUGAUUAAUAAUGGCAGAAGAUCUAUCGAACUGUGCGGAUGGAAUAGUGGACAACAUGUGUACGUGGACGCGAGCGAAGGCAACGAACCGAUCACUUUGAACUUCCGGCUGCCAGGCGGUCUGCAGUCACGAAUGUGGGAGAUGCGCGUGAUGCAAUUGGGUUUCGAGCAACGCGCUCCGGUCGGGUGUCUUCAAUAUUUUCGCUCGUUGAACGGCACCCUGAGGACGUUCAAUUAUCUGCCGAACGGCAGAUACCUCGCCGGACACGAUCACCUAUUGUGCGUGCGUCAGGAGAGAGACAUGUGCGGGAUCGCUUAUCAGCCGUGCGCCCGGGACUCUUUUCGAAUAGGACCCGGCCGGUCCAACGCGACGAGCGUCGCGACGUCGACGACUUCCGUCGCGUCUGCCAGCGGAAACGUCUCCGCCGCUUCUCCCGCGAUCAAUCUAAACAACGCCGCGAAUUCUUCCAACGUGGACGUCGUCGAAGGCUCGGGAGCGGGAUUGCCCGAGCAGCAGGAAAUGAUCCUUCCUACUGGUGCCUUACCCUCUCCGGUGUCUUUCAACGAGAUACGGUGCAGGGACAGAAUACUUAUCCCCUGCGACUUCGAGGAAUUUAUCACGCCGGGAAAUAACGUGGCGGGUGUUUGCAAUCUGGAGCAUUGCGGCAACUCGCUUUGCAGACAGGAUGAAAUCGACGCAGAGGGUAACUGCCGUGUGGAGACCUGGACUACGCCCUUCCGUAUAAGGGUGGCUUUCGGUCCCGGAAGCGACGCGGAAGGCGCAUUGGCGGACAACGCCGGCAUGUGCCUUACCUAUCAGCAGUUAGCUUGCGUAGCGUGAGCAGCCGUGGCGCUUCAUAAUUAAUUUCCACUCUCCUUAGGGGAGAGACAGAGAGAUAGAGAGCAACGCGCGCGCGACCUACAAGUGUGCGGAAGCAAUAUCGCCUCUCAAAGAGGAAGGAGAGGCAAUAUCGACUCUGUAUUGCUCAUAAAUUGUUUCUGCAGCAUCGCGCGCGAUAUCUCGCUGCCGAGAUCCGUAAAUAUCGGAAAAAGAUCCCGGAUCUCGGAAUAAAGGGGAUUUGAUUUUUCCAUCCCCUUUGAGGUUCAAAGAGUUACAGAGUGAUUCUAAAUAAGUGCGAAGAAUUUUAGGAGAUUAUUCUUUGUGAAAAUUAAAGGAGAUCUUUUUUAUAUUCUUUA